AUGGAGGGGUCAAUAGGUGAAGAAGAAGGAGGCGAGGUAGGGAAUGAGGUGGUGUCGUUAGAGUCUGAGGAUUGGAUUCUGUCAAAAUCUGAGGUUGGGGUGGUGGAAGGUAGUGGUGAUGAGGUUGUGAUAUCGAGUGCCAUGGAGGAAUCUGCUGGAUGCGUGGCCUGUGGUGAUGACGAUGCGGAAGGAGAUUGA